UUAUGUUAUUGAAAAAUAUUGGUGCCAAAUAGGAAGUAGACAGAGAGAAGGGAAAUAAAGAUUAGGAUUAGGUGUUGCGCAGUCGCAGGCAUGGCCAUGGCUUUGGUGAGCCUCAACACCAUUCAUACAUCGCCUUCUUCUUCUUCUUCGUUUUCAUCUCCCAAACCUUAUUCUUCCUCCAACUAUGCACCACCUCUCACCCUCCUUCCACGCUUUCGGAGGCACCUCGUUCGUAUGGCUCCCGACGAGGAGAAGAUGACUCGCCGUUCCCCUCUCGAUUUCCCCAUCGAGUGGGAAAGGCCUAAGCCUGGACGAAGACCGGAUAUAUUCCCUCAAUUUAGUCCAAUGAAGACACCUUUGCCGCCUCCGUUGCCUGCAGAUCCUCCAGAAGAGGAUGAAGAGGAGGAAGAAAAGAAAGAGGAAGAGCAAGAACCUGAUAAGGAGGAGCCAGAUAAGCCAGACAAGCCAGAAAAGCAAUAGUGUGUAGUAAAUGACUAGUCUUGAUUUCUCCAGUUAUCCUUGAUAUGUCAAGCCAGACUGCUGAUUGAUUAAGUGAAUGUAAGGGUAUCACAUGAAUACCUAUAGCGUCAGAAAUUUUAGCUUACAAGUUUUUCUAGCACCAUGUGGCCUUAUAUGAGUUAGCUCAUGCAAGAAGGAAAAAAAAAACAAUUUUGUGCUACGGACAUAUUUGUAGGCAGUAAUUUUUUCUAUACUUUAUCGAUUAGUUUGCUCCUGUACCAUCAUUUUGAUGGACCAUGAUUUAUUGUUUAAGAUGCAAUUUCGAUUUUUAUUGGAUUA